AUGCCCGCAUCCCGACCGGCGUGGAGCCCGCAGCGUCGCUCCGCCCAGGCAGGAAGAGUCUCGCGGCGCGGCCCCAGCGUGUGCUCGGAUAUCCCUGCUCCCGCCUUCCUCCCGGAUCCUCUCGGUGCCCCGGUCCCUCCCGUGCACAGGACAGGCUCCGUCCCGCUCUCGGGGACAGCGGCGGAGGCCGUGUCGCUGCCCCGCGGUCGGCUCCUGACGUCCCCUGCUCUUCGGAGAGAAGUGCGUGGGGGGACGUGCAAGCGCCCCAAGCCCCGGGAGCGGCUUUCCGGAGCCAAGCUGAACGAGCAGCUCGUUGGCAGCGUCCGGGAACCGGGCCCGGGCAUUCGGGGCGGGGUGAAGCCAGGGCCUGGUGCUCUUGGGCAGCACGGCCCCUGCGCCCGCCGGCGCCGCUCCUCCUCCGGGGUGGAGUCGGCCCAGGUCGCGCUACGUGCACACGCGCUGGGACCCGCCUGGGCGCGGCGCUCCCCCCUGCCGCGGAAACCUGAGCUCCAGCUCAGCCUGCCCCCGGGGAUCUUGCCACGGGCAACCCCAACCGUCGCCUGUGGACGGGGCUUUCCGGGGUCUGCCGUGCCCGCAGCCCAGGGGGCUUUGUCACGCCCAGCCUGGCAGAGCGCUGCUCCCCUCCAGCGGCCGAGUCGUCCGUCCGUCCCCCACCAGCGACGAUUUAGGGGACAAAAGCGUCUCAUUUUCCAGCCCGGGACGAAGGGAGGAAGUGCCCGCGGGGCUUUGCAGCUCCAGGUCGGACCCGUCCCCACGGGUGCCAAGAAGCUGGAGGGAAGUCCCUGGAGCUGGAGCGAAGCUGCCGGAUCGCCGCAGGUCUCCCGGAUGACCUGAGACCUCCGCCGGCCGGCUUCGCCUUCGCUGCAGUAUCCCGGCGGGGAGCGAGGACCCCAGCGCGCGGCAGCAUCAGGGCGAGCGACGAUGGCAGCAUGGGGCGAGCGGGCAGGAAGCCUUAACGCCGGCCCCGGUCCCCGCCGGCCUGGCCCCUGCUGAGACCCCCGGACUCAGCACCGCCGCGGGACGAUGACCUCCUACCGUCACCGG